AUGGGCAUGUCCUGCAAGACGCCCAAGGCGCGUCAAGUCGACAAACGCGCUGGCGCGCGGUCACGCCUGCUUGCCCGCAUUGAGCGGGGCAAACAGCGAGGAAGCUCCACUUUCAAGCAGACGACAACAGCAAGCGCUCGGCACGCUACUCCGUUCGCGGACUUUGCUAUGGACACGGCGGGGGAGGAUUUGAAGAGAUACUUGAUUGUUCCUCCAGUUUCUUCUUCUUCUUCUUCGUCAUCAAUUCUUUCGUCUUCAAACCUGGUUGCUAGUAGUGAGGAAAAAAAGAUCUCGGUGAGGAGCAGCGAGGAUACGAAAUACGAGCAAACAGCCUCCACCAACAACAAGGCUGAGAAGAGAAAGAUGGAAGUCGAUACGCCCACUCCUCUGCCCACUUCCUUCGGAGGUGCGCAUGCAGAAAUGAAGGAUAUAAGUACGCCACUCGACGGCGUCAUCAGUAUGGACGAUUUUAUGAUCCAGCACAAACCCGCGCAUGAAGCCCAAAAACUCGUCAAGGAAACCAAACAACCCGCACCUCCUCCCUCAAAGAAAGCCAAAACUCCCAACCAAAAAGCCACCCCUCUUGUCCCCGUUGCAGUCGGCGCCCGCUCCUCCCGACACACAAUCCUCCUCCACGAAAAGUACCAAGCCCUCGGCAUCCCACAACCACUCUUCACCUACGGAGGAGGCAGUGAAACAGGCUGGACUGUUUCCGUUUCCUUUCCCGGUCUAGAUGAUGCGGAGGAGCUUCAAGGAUUGAAGUUCGAGGAAGAGAGGAAGUUUAAUAGCAAGCAAGAGGCCAAGGAGGCUUUGAGUCAGAAAGCGUUGGGUGUGUUGGAGGAGUUGGAGAGGGAGGGGAGGGUCAAGAAAGGUGGGAAGGGGAAGAAGAAGAAGGGGGGUGGUGAGGGGGAGGGGAAGGUUGUGGAGAAGGGGAAGGAGGAGAAGGAGAAGGGACCUGGUGAGAAUUAUGUUGGGAAGUUGCUGGAAUUCCAGCGCGCAACCGACUCCCCCCAACCUACUUAUACGGAUUAUCAGUCCGGGCAACGCUUCUCCUGCAUCAUCACCAUCGAAGAAGAAGGCAAAUCUCAGCAAUUCGGCUCCAUCUCAAACCUCUUCUCCUCAAAGAAAGCCGCUCGACAAGACGCUGCCCGCCACGCCGUCGAGCACUUCAAAGCCCUCGGUACCUGGCCCACGGACGACACCGCCGUCGGCGGCAUCCGAAAGAGAAAGAAAGCCUCACCCAUCGACCCAGAUACCGUCUCAAUAUCCCCACUAGACAACUCCAGUUCCCCCUCCCCAACCCCCAUCCAGUCCACAACACCCACCCCCGCGCCCCCAGGCACCCCCUCCUACGCCUCCCGCGUCGCCACCCUCGCCGUCACCCUCGCCCUGCCCACACCCGAAUGGAACUACACGCCCCACCCCUCCGACCCUACCUUCCACAGCGUGUGCUGUUUCUUCAAAGGCGCAGGCCAGCACGAAGGACCUAUCGGCGAGGUACGCAAUAUCCACGGGAAGAAGAAGGCGAAGGAGGAGUGUGCGCGGUUGACGCUGGAGUAUCUCACGCGGGUGAAGGAGGAGAGGUUGAGGUAUGGGAUUAGUGUUAUGAGGGGGGUGCUUGGGAGUGAGGGGGUUGAGGGGGUUAUUGAGGGGGGGUUGGGGAGGGGGGGACUGGGUGAGGGCGAGGGAGCGAAGAAGGGAGGGGAGAAGAUGGUUGGGGAUGUGGGGGGGAAGGUGAGGUUGGGUACGGGGCUUGAUGGUGUGGAUGAGAGGGUGGGGGAUAUGGAUGUGGAUGUGGGGGAGAGUAGUGAGGAUGAGGUGUUUGCUGAUGCUGUGGAGGGUUAG